AUGGUUCGCCUGCUCGUACCCGAGGUUUCAAGAAUCUCUUGUAUCAAGGCCAAAGACUACGACAAUUUUAUGGCUUACAUUUCGCUAUACUGUCUUUUAUGGCAGUGUCUAGCUGGGCGAUGGAGCAGAGCGAGCGCAGAAUCAAACAGCGACUCAUCAAAGAAAAAGGCGAAGUCAUGGGACCAUUCCAAUGGUACGAGUCGACUAGUGAAUACACUGUGGAUGAUGGAAUUGUCGCGGGAGCGGUCUUGUCGGGGCCUGCCAUCUAUGCUUUUCGGCGAGCUGCGUGGAUGCGGGCUGGAUUGA